AUGCUGUCAAUUGGCAUCGUGAACGACAAGCAAGAGAUUGAGGAGAUUGUUAACCAAUUAGACAAAGACUCGAAUGGACAGAUUGAUUUCAAAGAGUUUGUAGAAUUUCUCACUCCACAAACUCGCCGCAAAAAGGAUUCAAGGCCCCAGAAGCAGGAAGUAAUGUUUCGACAGCUUACGGAAAAGAUGGAGCACCAGAGUUCAGGUUUUUUGGAUGUGAAUACGCAAUUGUCGAUAGAGAGGCGACAGUUUAUUCUCACUUCAAUGACCAGUUUCAAGUCACACUCCAUUCAGGAAGACCUUGCAGAGCUGAAACGUUUGACAGAAGGAAAGAAUCUAAAAGUUAAUGACUGGACGUCGCCUAAACAGUCGUAUCACCGACGAGGGAUGGCAAAGAAAGCAAAGCUGACUGCGUUGGCACUUCAGCAUCAGGACGAGACGCGGUUUCAAGCACUUGAACAGGUCUUUCUUCGAAACAGUGCUUUGAAGCGACUUCGAGCCAAAUCUCCAUCGAUUCUCGGGACUCCUGUCGCACAUUGGCGGGCAAAGAGGUGCCAAUUGCCUCCCAUCAAAGUUUAA